AUGGAAAUUGGGAGGAAGUAGUGGCAUUCCAGUAAAUUCAUGGCGUCACAUCGUCACUGAAUCCUUUACAACCGGACAGACCUAGAGGGAAGGGGGGCAGGGCAAGGCACGGCAAUCUCUAUCAGCAUCGGGCCUCUUCUCCUGGAGCAAUCGACUAAGAAAGCGACGAUGGACGGGGUGUCGGAGGAGCUGGAGCGACGCAGCCAGUACCUUAGUUCGCUAAUCCAGCGCACUAGGAUCAUGGUGGACGCCGAUCAGGUCAAGAAGGAAGUCGUUGAGGCCACAGAUAAGCCCGUCAAUCAAGAGCAGCAGAGAAAGAAGGGAAAUGACGAGGACCAACGGCUGGAGGAGAAGAAGAAAGCCGUCCGCGACGGAGAUCGGUACGACGGAAAUCCGACACUCGGAGAGAAGCAGAAGCAGAAUCAGCCACCCAACAUCAAAGUUAGGGGCGCCGACAUGCCCCUCGCGUUGCAGAAGCGGGCAUUCCAAUGUGCCCACGAGACGCUCGCCUCCAUGCCCAAGCUCGAGAGCAAGCGACUUGCCUUAGCGCUGAAGAAGGAAUUUGACACAACAUACGGUCCAGCUUGGCAUUGCAUUGUCGGAACAAGCUUUGGUUCGUAUGUCACUCAUUCUUUGGGAGGUUUCCUGUAUUUCUCCAUUGAUAAGGUGUACAUUCUUCUCUUCCGGACAGCGGUGGAACCAGUAGACCAUUGAUGAUCAUAUUGCAACUAAUUAGUGGUUGCAGUUUAAUGUAGAUUCAUGAAAUCUUGUUGUCAUCAAUGUAUGCAAACGACCAUGUAAAAUUGUAAUGGCAUUAAAGCAUGAGUUAGCUGUUUUCUCUCUCCUUUUAAAAUU